UGUUCAUGCAGCUCACUGCUCCCCCACCCCCGAUCCGGGUGCGAGUUCGGGUGCAAGACAACGUCUUCCUCAUCCCCGUGCCCCACAGCGAGAGUCGCCCUGUGUCCUGGCUGGCGGAUCAGGCCUCCCAGCGCUACUACCAGACCUGCGGGCUCCUGCCACGCCUGACCCUGAAGAAGGAGGGGGCCCUCCUGGCCCCCCAGGACUGCAUCGUGGAUGUUUUGCAGAGCAACGAAGAGGUCUUGGCCGAAGUGCAGUCCUGGGACCUGCCGCCCCUUGUGGAGAGGUACCGCAAGGCCUGCCAGAGCCUGGCUGUGGGGGAGCACCGCUUGCUCCUGCAGCUGCUGGAGUGCCAGGAAUCGGGUCCGUCCUUCCAUGUCCCGGGCCUGGCCCUGCGCCGCCUCCACCUGACGCCUCUCCUCCGUGCCCUCAAGCUGCAGACCUCCAUCCGGCGCCUGUGCCUCCCCGGGGCAGGCCUGGGCGACGACUCGGCGGAAGAGCUGCUGGCCACCGUCGCCACCAUCCCUGGCCUGGAGGCGCUGGACCUCUCGGCCAACCGGCUGGGCCCCCAGGGGCUGCGCAAGCUGACCGCAGGACUUCCCGGCUCCGUCACUUUCCAGAACCUGGAGGAGCUGGACCUCAGCCUGAACCCUUUGGGGGACGGCAGCACCCAGCCCCUUGCGUCCCUGGUCCAGGCCUGCCCGGUCCUGAGCACGCUCCGGCUGCAAGCCUGCGGCUUCACCACCGCCUCCUGCAGUCUUUACGAACUCUGA